AUGGAUGCCGAACGAAACAUCAAGAAACGAUUUACAGUAUCAAUGGUUACUUCAUUGAUAUUAGACAAAAACUUCGAAAGUGACAGCUCACAAUCGAGUGAGAGUGAACAUGAAAAUGAAGACGAAACAUUAAGGGAUAUGCAAACAUUAUAUUGUACACUAAUGGGGAGUAAAGCACGUGGGAAAAUGAUUGCAACCGAAAAAAUUACCGAUUAUGUUGAUCGUGUAAUUCCUAAUUACUCCGAUAUUGCAUUUAAAGAGUAUUUCAGAAUGUUUCCGGCAACGUUUGAAAUGAUUUUAUCAUUAAUCGGACCAGCGCUAAAUAAGACAAAUACCAUAACUAGAAGAAAACCAAUUUCAGCAGAAAAACAACUAUAUAUUACUCUGUGGUUUAUGGCUACUCCUGAUUCGUAUAGAUCCGUUUGCGUCAAAUUUGGAGUAGGUAAAAUAACGGCUUUUAGAGCCGUAAGACGUGUAACCUAUGCAUUGCAUUGCAUGGCGCCUCGAUUCAUUCAGUGGCCUGAUAAAGCUGUUGCUACUAACAUCAGCGAUCAAUUUUUAGAAGCUAGUGGCUUUCCAAAUGUAAUCGGUGCUAUAGAUGGGACUCAUAUCAAGAUCCGAGCACCACCAACAGAUUCAGUUUCAUACAUAAACCGGAAAGGUUUCCCAUCUAUCAAUCUUCAAGUAGUUUGUAAUUCGAGGGGUCUCUUCACACACUGCUAUGCAGGUCAAGUGGGAUCAGUACAUGAUGCUCGGGUUUUCAAAAACUCUCCAGUAGCACAUUUUCUUGAGAGACCUGAGGUGUACUUCCCUAACAACUCUCAUAUUAUUGGAGAUGCAGCAUAUCCGAUUCAUCCCCACGUAAUGGUUCCAUUUCGAGACAAUGGACAUUUGACAAAUCAACAAAAAAAUUUUAAUUAUUGUCUAUCUUCAACAAGAAUGGCAGUUGAACGGGCGAUUGGCCAAUUGAAGAUAAGUUUUAGAAUAUUAUUAGACUGUUUACCACUGACAGACGUUAAAAAGAUACCAGAGUUCAUUAUAGCGUGUAGUGUCUUACACAAUAUUUGUUUAUUACAAAAUGAUGUUAUGACUGUCGGUGUCCAACAUCAUGAAGAAUAUCAGGCCCAAAUUCGUGAUAAUAACACUGAUUUAGGAAAUGCCAAAAGAAUAGUAAUAAUGAAUGCUUUGCCAAUAAAAAUAAAUGCAUGA